AUGAAUAAGCAGAAUGUGCGGACCCUGUCUCUUAUCCUCUGCAUGUUCUCCUACCUGCUGCUGGAAUCCGAGACGGAGAGGUCCCGCCGACGCAUCCUUGAGCUGGAGCGCACUGAGAUGAAGUACCGCUUCUUCGAGGACGACUACCGGGAGAUCGAGCGGGUGGUGCUGUAAGCGGAGCCCCACCGCGCCGGGAGACAGUGGAAAUUCGCGGGGUCUUUUUACUUUGCCAUCACGGUCAUUACCACCAUUGGCAAGUUUUGCUCGCUUCCCUUAGGCUACUUUUGUCAUGGCAGAGUCAAAGUGUUACAGGUGUCAGGAAAUUGUUUUAUAAUACAGUGUCUCUGCAGUGUUCUGCAUCGGUAAAUAGGCUACUGUACAGAAGAGUCAGCCAUUUGCCUAUUUUAAAGUCUAAUUUAAUAUAUAGCACAUCUAUACAGAAUAUUGUAGCAUGCUAUUCCUUAUUCUCGGCAUCCCUUAACCAUUGGCUUCAACAGCAUCAUUAUUAGUCUACAAUAACACGCAGUAAAGAGUAACUGAGUGUUCCUCUGGGUGGCCAUCUAUCUCCACAGGCUAUGGCCAUGCAGCUCCAGGCACAAAUUCAGGGAAGGGCUUUUGCAUGUUCUAUGCUGUGCUGGGCAUCCCUCUCACCCCGGUCAUGUUCCAGAGCCUGGGCGAGAGGAUGAACACGUUUGUCCGCUACCUCCUGCGCAGUGCCUAG